AGUAAAUGUCUCGACGACUACAUGUCGAUUUUUUAAUGACCGUUAUUAAUGAUACAGUAGUUAUGAAGUUGAAGCCUGUACAAGCGUACAUAGUCUAUCGUAAGACAUGCUCGGGUCACUUAAAUAAAAUUGGUUGUCUUUCACGGUAGUACAACACGUUGUAUCUAUAAUACUUGUUAUCUAAUUCUUCUACCAAUAGUAGCAGAUAAAGUUGUGAGACGCGAUAUUCUGAGAGAGAAAGAAACUAUUUUUGUGCAUAUAUCGAUAAGUCGCUCGUAAAAAGAAUGACCCAAAGAUGCAAAUGUUUUCUCUAAAUUUUGUUAUUUAUACCAUUAGUGGUAUAUGGCGACCUGUUGAGUGGUCAUCAAAUGGUGCCAAGCUGCUGUAUGGUAUAUUUACGCUUAUUAUAAUAUCUUCUGAAUACUUUAUGACGUUAACCCAAUUUAUGGAUAUAGUUUUUAUUGCUGAUAAUGUCGAUGAUUUUGCCAAUAAUACUUUAAUAUGUCUGAGUGUCUUUGCCAUAUGUUGUAAAACAACUGUCAUUGUGGUACGUCGGAACGGUAUCAUCGCCUUAUUGCAAAUAUUGAUGAAGACACCGUGCAAACCUCGUGAUGAGGACGAAGCAGAAAUACAAAUGAAAUUCGACGUGUUUAUCAGAUCGUGUUUGAUAAAAUACUUAAUUUUGGCGUCAACGUCCCUUACGUGUGUCACAAUAGGAUCAAUUUUAAGUGUUAUGCAGGGUCACCUGCCUUAUCGAGUAUGGUUGCCGUUUGAUUAUGAUGUUCCUUUGGUGUUUUUGAGUAUAUCCGUUCAUCAGAUCUUAACUACAAUUUUUGCGAGUGCAAUAGACAUCAGCACAGAUACCCUAGUUUUUGGAUUGUUUUUGCAAACGUGUGCACAGCUUGAAAUUUUUGAAAGUCGUCUUCACAAAUUAAUAAUUAAUAAAACGGUUAGAUAUCUAGGAGGACAUGCACUCUCUCCGUCGAGUGAAGACAAAAUGAAGAUAUCGGAGUGCAUACAUCAUCAUCUCAGCAUUUACAAAUACGCCAAAACAGUAAAUGUUAUGUUCAACGAAGUGCUCUUCGUUCAAUUUUUUCGAAGUAUACUGGUAUUAUGUACAAGUGUGUAUUACUUGUCACUGCAUAUUAAAGAAAUAUCUACAACUGCGUCUUUCUUAGUGUACACCAUUGUAAUGUUUUUACAAAUCUAUAUUUAUUGCUGGUCUGGAAACGAAGUUAUUCUUAAGAGUAUGAGCGUAGGGGAUGCUAUAUAUCGCAUGGAUUGGCCAUUAUUAUCCGUUACCGAAAGAAAGGAAUUGCUAAUAGUUAUGAUACGAAGCACAAUUCCUAUAAAGUUCACUAGUAGUUUCUUGAUAACUGUGUCCCUUCAAUCUUACAGCAAUCUUUUAAAAACGUCAUACUCAGCAUUUAACGUACUUCAAAACAAUCAAACGUGAACAUGGACACAAUAAAUAUGUAGUUAUUUUUUAUAAAUUAGUUUAUAAUUCGUAAGAUUUCUGUGUUUACUUAUUUCAACCCUGUACUCUUCAUUACAAUUCUUGGAAUACUGAUGCCAAUACAC